AUGAUUCCUGGUUAUUAUAUAAAGACCUGUAGCUCCGGUGUAGAGAUCAGUCACCUGUCUGUGAUAGAAGAUUACAUGAUGGAUUCCAGCUCCCAUAAGAUCUAUCAUGUACAUGGAUUUGAUUCUAGACAACAUCUGGAGCAUUACCUGUCAGAUAAACCUAAUAUGGUCUUUGAAGAAGAUUUCUUGAUCUUUCCCAUUGAAAAUUUAACAAGCGUUUUCAGAACAGGUCAUAUAAGAGGAGAUGUCAUGAUUGACCUCAGUGGUGGUUCCUUGGUUCACCAUCUCUAUGCACCCAGUGAGUUUUUCAAGCACAUCAUAAUACUGAAGGUCCAAGACAGAUGUAUUCUGGAACUAAAAAGAUGGCUGAACACACGUACUGGAGCAUUUGAAUGGGGACAUGCUACAAAGAUCCAUGUAGACAUAGAAGGAAAGAGCACACAGUUACAGGAAAAAGAAGAAAAAGUGAGAGAAGCUGCUCAACAUGUCGCAAAAUGUGACCUAGAGAAAGAAAAUAUUAUGGAUCCAGUGAUCCUACCACCAGCAUAUUGUAUCAUCAGCGCUUGGCUCCUAGAUAUUGUCUGCAAAGAUAAAGAUGAAUACAUCAGAUAUCUGAAGAAGUUCUCACAGUUACUGAAACCUGGAGGACACCUGAUAUUAAUUGGGUGUUUAGGUUUAACAUAUUACACAGUCGGGAAAGAAAAGUUCAGUGGUUUCCCAUAUGAUGAGGAUUUUGCCAGGAAAGCUCUAGUUGGAGAAGGUUUUAUUAUUGAUAUCUGUGUGAGUAAGAAGGCAACAGGACUUAUUGUGGACUAA